AUGCUAACGGAAUCCUGGCUAACACCGCUAACUGUGGACACAAGCGUGACGGUACCUGGAUUCCAACUGCUACAGGCGGACAGGACGAGAGACAGCAGUGCAUCAUCUGUUAUGGAGGUGGCUGCUCUGGGUCAACCUUUCAGUUUAGGGAUGCUCUAUGAUGCCCGGAGAGGGAAACUCAUUCCAGGUGUCACACUGUGGAAUAAUAAAACUCUGCAGAAGAAGCCAGUGGAGAAUAAUCAGCACAGCAGUGAAUUUCAUAUCAGUGCAACAGAUUCCAUUGAAAAAAAGUCGUCACUGCUGGAUGUUAAUGCUUCCUUGAAGGCCAGUUUCCUGGGUGGACUCAUUGAAGUUGAAGGAUCAGCCAAGUAUCUGAAUGAUAAGAAGAAAUCUCACCAUCAGUGUCGAGUCACACUUCAUUACAAAGCUACCACCAAAUUCAAACAGCUGAUGUUGACUCCUGAUGAAACCAAGAACACUCAAGAAGCAGAAAAUGUGAAACGUUUGGCAACACAUGUAGUCACAGGAAUCCUUUAUGGAGCAAACGCUUUCUUUGUGUUUGACAGUGAGAAGUUAGAUGAUAAAAACAUUCAGGUAAUCCAGGAUAGCAUACAAGCUAUCCUAAUAAAAAAGAUCACCUCAUUUAAUGUUGACGGGAAAGUUGACAUCAAGCUGAGUGAUGAAGAAAAAGCUGUGACUGAUAAAUUCACCUGCAAAUUCUAUGGAGACUUCAUUCUUGAAAGCAACCCUGUAACAUUUGAAGAUGCAGUGAAGACAUACAUCCAACUUCCAAAACUACUGAGAGAAAACAGAGAAAACUGUGUUCCACUGAAGGUCACACUGAUGCCUCUGAAGAAAUUACAUCCAAAAGCUGCUUACAUGAUAAGCAGUGGAUUUAUUAGUAAGGCUGAAGAUACCUUACAGGAGCUUGAUAACCUGGAAAUAAGCUGCAAUGAUCUGCUGGAGGACAGAGUGGGGAGAAGCUUUCCACAGAUACAAGAAAAGCUGGGCAGAUUCAAGAAGCUCUGUGAGUAUUUCAGAUCUUCACUCCAGGAAACAAUGGCCAAGAAACUUCCCUCCAUCAGGGCAGGUGAGGAAGAUGAGCAGAAAUUAGUGAAAGUGUUUGAUGACAGAGACAAGUCACCGUUCAGUCAGGAGAGAUUAACCAAGUGGAUGGAAGAUGAAGAGAGAGAAGUCACCAUCAUCAGGUACUUUGUAGACAUGAUGGAGGGAACAAAGAUCAUCUCAGAUCAGUCUGAGCUGGACAGAGAGGUGUUUAAUCCAGGAGUAGAGGAAGUUCUCUGCUUUGUUUUCACCUCCCUGAAAUCCACUGACCCAUAUCUGCAGAACAUGUCUGACUACUUGGAGAAAAAGAAGCUGGAAGGUACUGAUGGUAACACUCCACCUGCCCAGGACCAAUGGUAUCGCUCAGAUGAAGUGAUAAAGAAGAUGAUGGAAAAGGCCAAAGUUCUCCAUGACCUUCCCAAAGCUCUGAAGAAUGACAACAGUUUCCGUUUCCUAGUAGCAGCCAUUUCAAAUGAUAAUUACAAGGGAGGAAGUAUCUACCAGUACAGGAAGAACUUCCUGGUCACUGAGAAUUUCUCAGGGCAUAUAUCAAUGAUGUGGAAAAUGAAAUGGAUAGGAGAGAUCUGA